GGUCCACAACGAUGUAUUUCUGCUUCUUGAUGUGAUGGAAAACAUGGACACUACCCAAUCCCUUCUAGUUCUUCUAUGUAGAACCUAUUCGAGAAAGCUAGUAGUUUCCGCACCGAGCUGAAAUGCCUUUGAUGUCUCACUUUCCUUGGGCAUCGUCGAAGAUCCUUCGUGCUCUUUAAAGCGACUGCAUGACACAGUAAAAAAAAUCCGAAAAGAUGUCGUCCUCCGGUAUGAUCAGCAAGGGUGCCCUGGCGCGCAUGGGUGCCGCGUCGGCGAAAAAUAACAACUACCAGGGUGGAGGUUAUAAUAAUUCCUCCAGUUCCAGCAGCGUGUUAGUGCAUGACAGCGAGUACCAGGUGCACCUUCCACAGGAGUGCAAGGAUUACUGGAAGAAAAAGCAGAAUCACAAGUUGGCGAAAUUGAUGCAGACCGUAAUCAAGGAUCGCUUUCUCGGCAACCGGGACGUACAGUUGCAGCUCCCUGCCUCGCAAAUUGCCAACGAGCUCGAAGAAGCUUUGACAGAUACGAUGGUGAACAAAAACAACUGCGUUUUCUGCAUCCUCGGCCCGCCGAACUCCGGGAAGAAAGCGAUUGUGCGGACGUGCCUGCGAAAACUGGAGCCCAGCUGGCGGCAGAACGCCGUAGUUGCGGGUGGAGGUGGUGUACCAAAUGCAAAAAUGUCUGGGUCUGGAAGAAUGCAAGUUUGUCAUGCUUGUCUGGCAUGACUCGAGAAUCUGUGUUGCAUAGGCACGAAAAGGCCCUCUUACCUGUCAUGCCAAAACGCAGUUUGCCAUGCGGAAUACGUAAGACAUGGGAGCCAAAAAAAUUGUCAUGCAUAGCUGCGUACUGUGGUGCGUCUACCAUUCACUUUUAGCAAGACAAGUUUCCAGACCCAGACAGAUUUGUAAUCCAUAUGGUGGUGUGCAGGCUGCGGGACAAACGCCAGCGAUUAACGCGGCCAUGAGCGCGAGGAGGAACGUAUCAAAUGUAAAAAUGUCUGGGUCUUCAGUAGGACACGCCCGAGCAAAUAAAUCCAUUAAAAGUUCGCUAAUUUCGCCGUAAAUUGAAUCCCGCCCUGAGUCUAGAGCGGCCGCCCCCCCUGUAAAAGAUUGCCGGACGGAGACUCGGCCUCGCCUCACCUCAGGCGGCGUUCUAUUUCGAGGCGCCAAGUCGUGGCGCAUAAGCUGCAGACGAAUCAAGAAAAGCACUCGGAUCGCACUGCAGAGGGGGCUAGGGAUCGCGUGUAGAAUGUCACGGGCUUCAUUCUCAAAUGCCAUGGCUUUGCUCGCACAGAGGCCGGAAAUUCUGUAACGUGGGCGCGCGGUGCGCAGCAUGGCCGGUGACGGAAGAUCCUCUUCAUGGCUUUGGGGUAUGCGCGAUUUUGAAUAUUUCACAGGGAAGCAUCUGCUUUGAAAAAAGCGCAAUUUGAAAAAUUCAGCAAUUUUUGAUUAGCUCGUAAUUUGUUUUUCAAUUGUCCGUAAUUUGUCCGUAAUUUGCGCGUAAUUAAUUUUCAAAGGAUUUCAACGGGUUUCGGGCACCCCAAAAAUUGCCCGUAGUUGAAAAAAUUAAUUACACCGACAAAUUACGGAUUUUCAAAAAAAAAUUACACUAAGAAUUACACUUUUUUUCGGGCCCUUUUUUAUUCAUUUUUUCCGGAAAAAACGCCGGGGUUUUGCCUAUUCAAAACAUCGGGACGAACAAAAGGUACGAGGGCCCAAUCUGGGGCUUGAGCUUCUCAACCAGCACCGGUCGCGAGCUAGCUCAGCAAGUAAGCAAGUGGCUGUGGGGCUUGGGAAGCCGGUUCAGCGGUUAUGUGGCCUCUUUUAUUUUCAAUCCAUUGCGCAGGAUAGUAAGACGCAUGGGCCCUCAGGAGGUGAUCUGCCUCGCCAAUUUAUGACGCCCUACCCGGGCCUUAACCUUUGGGCUGCCGCGUUUUUUUCUUUUCGCUGGCCAAAUCAGCUGCCCGAUACAAAAUUACGUACUUUUUAUCGCGCAAUUACCGAAUAUGUUUGCUCGGGCUCGUCCCAUUGAGGGUCUGGAAGAGUCCGAAAUUUGUUAUGCUGUUUUUGCAUGACACAGAAUGUCUGUCAUGGAAGCCCUAGCAUCACAGAUUUUUAGACGCCUUCCUGAUGCCUAUUCCGCAUGACAAAUGCCCUCCACGCGUAGCACAAACCGGACUCCUCUUGCUGGUCAUGCAAUACAGAAUUUUUUAGAGUCCAAAGUUAGCAUCACAGGUUCCAACCUUCCAGAGGACCCAGACAUUUUUGCAAUCCAUAGAACGCGCAAAUUCACAAUGGUCCUCCAUAUUGUAGUAGUUCAACGGCGGGAGCGGUGGGCGGAGAUGUUUUGCCAAGUCCGGGCGGAACGAACAUCGGCAGCCAGCAGAUGGUAUCCUGUGCAACAGUAUCGCACUCGUAGUAAUUGCAAUCUUCAUGCAUUACAAAUCUCUCUCUUGGUCUUAAGGCAAAUCAGCAUUACAAAUUUCAUUUUCCAUGCUGAGCAAAUUUGUAAUGCAUUGAUACGAGUGCGAUACUUGUGCAAUUCAUAAAUGGGAGCUCCUUUGUCGGCGAAGCGGCAGAUUAAAGUUGGCACCCCGGACAGCGCGAUGCCGCGGAAGCGCCAGCGGCUCCAGCGCUUGCACACACCAGUGCAGAUGCUGGAGAAAAAAGACGGCCUAGAACUUCAUGAUCGUGUCACUGGGCAAAACGCUGGCGCUGACGGAGGACCCUCUGCCGGUCAACAGAACAGCAUGAAGCAGCGGACGAUCACACCGGUAAGAACUACUACAACCAGGAACAAUACUAAUCGCACCCCUGGUGGCGGUGUAGCGAGGGCUUUUACUCCCGGGUCCCGCGUUGUUGUGGCAGCAGGAGGAGGGACGACCGCAGCGUCGUCUUCGCAGCAACUUGUUGUUCCAGGGAGUAAAAGCAGAGAAGUUCUUGUAGAUCUGCAGCGGCCAGGACAAGCUCCAUCUGCUUCUUCCAGUAGCUCCGCUGUUGUCCCCGGCUCCGCAGUCCUCGGCAAUGUAAACCCACCUACUACUACAACUUCCGCCGCUGCGACGAACAUUAUCAAGCCCGUGUACCUCCCAAAAACGCUCUCGGACGACCAGCAGCUGUUUAAGACCAUCAUUCACCAGCUGGGCGAACACGAACAAAUCAUACGAACUGCAAAAGUAUCGUACUCGUAUAAGAAAUGCAUUACAAAUUUCCUCAGCAUGAGAAAUAAAAUUUGUAAUGCGGAUUUACCUUGGAGAAGAAGAUUUGUAAUGCAUGACUGCAAUACGAAUGCGAGGCUUUUGCACAGGAUAAAUCACGGCGGACGAUAACUCCCACCGCAUGCAGUGGCUCUGCGAGUUAUGACAGUGCACAACUCCACCCUCGUCUCCCCCUCAUUUGUAUAGCAUGAACGGCAAUACAAGCAUCAGCAAGUGUGCCGGUUUUGCAUGACAAAUUUGCUGCGCUGGAGGAGUGUAGUUCUAUUUGGGCUACCAGAACUUGUCAUGCAAACAGUGCCAAGAUGAAAGUAGCGGAUUGUGUAUUUUGCAUGACAAAUGAGGGGGAGGGGGAGUUGUGCACUGUCAUACGAGUGGCUCCAGUUCUACACCAAGCGGGGCUACUCCGUCGUGUUUGUCGUAGAGCAAUUCGAAAAUCUUCUUCUCGGCGGAACCGACCGACUCCUCUACUCCGUCUUCGACCUGAUGACGCAAAACAAAGAAUUCCACUUUUUCAUCGUCGGGGGCUGCUGCGACCCGGCGGUCUUCAGUCGCAUGAACAAGCGCGCGCUGAGCCGGCUGGAACUGAAAACGCUAGUGGUGUCGGACGCGUGCAGUCCGCUGGUGUUGCCGGAUAAGGAUCCGAACAGUAAAACUGCUGCAGCAGGAGCAACACCAUCCCCGAAGGGGAGUCCUGCGGGUAGUUCAAAAGCGGAAGAAAAACUUGCAGCACCGGCCGUUGGUGGUGCGCUCCAACAAGAACAAUUAGCACAUCAACAUCCGCAAGCCUUGGACAUGCAGCGCAUCAUCGCGAUCCUACGUGCGCAUUUGCAAGUUCCGCCGGAUCUGACACCGCACCUCAUUCGGCAGACGGGGGUCAGUGACAUGAUCGCGAAAAACAUGGCUGUGGAAUGGAUGGCAAACUGUGGCAUUCUGUUAAAAUGUUACGGGCAGUCGAAGUGCUGGCAACGGGCGAUCUGCGACGCCGCGCCGCUGCGCUGGUUCCUGAUGCACUUAACGAAAGAUUAUUGGUAUACUGGGGAAGCUGCGCGAGACGAACUAGUUUUCUCUGACCACGGGGGAAAAAGAUGGAUGCUAGGGGUAAGUACUUCCCAUCAUGUGUAGUGCUUCUCAAUUAUGUCUUUUGCUUUUUUGUUCGUGUUCUCGUGCUGGUCGGAGGCGGUCCGGGUAGGAUCGUGCUCUGCUGUGAUGUCCUGCUUGGUUUCUUUCAUCGUGUCUUGAUGUACUGCACUGUAUCAAUCUAUGUGACAUCAGAUAUUGUUUCUUCAAGAGAGUCUUUCAUCAUUCCAAAAACCUUAUCAGGACCCGUCCACUUCCUUCGCCGCGUCGCUGACGGAGUUCGACUGUGUCGUUUUGGUCGCACUGCACAAGCUGUGGAAACGCAAGCAGCAAACGGCCAACGCAGAGAUCCGCAAGACCUGGACCGAGAUCAAGGACGAGAUCGAAAACUUUAAGAACCGCAACACUAAUCUCGCCGAGGUCGGGAACGUGCACACCGGGCGGUCGGUCUUUCUCGGGCACAAAUCUUCGUCCGUCAACUUCCAGCGCAUGGUAUCAAAGUGAAAAAAUCCCCCACCCCAUGCGCAACAGACAACUUGUGUUGCUGGAUUUGUGUACACAAAUGUAUUGCAGCAAGAGCUUGUCGGCAUAUUCCUAUUCGAAGCCCAUUUGGGUCCGCACCCGGCUAGCAGCUGCGCAUGAAUAACAAGUCUAACAUAGGCGAAAACGCAUGACAGACUGGCUGCACAAUGCGCCACAUGGGUGCCGUCUGCCUUGUACGCAGCACAAAGCUGAUUUGUGGCCACAGAUCAGCAUCGCAAAUUUCCUUUUCGAUAUGGAGAGGGGGGAUUUUUCCUCACAAUAUAUGGACAUCAAGGACGAGUUUUACAACGUGUUGGACUACAGAACCAGCUUCGAGAAGCUUCUCGACUUGGGUUUGGUCAAAAACGCGAAACUGCCAGGGAUUGCGGGGAUGGUGAGCGGCGGCUUAAACGCGGAUCGGAGCGGAAUGACUCUGCUCUACGAGCACCACCCGGUUUUUUUUCCCGGAUUUGCGCUCGUAAACGCCUGGGUCGACGAUUUGAGAAACCGAUAUGGCGUUCUCAAAUGUUACAUUCUCAACUGUUGCAUGAAUUUGUUAUGCAAAAACAGCAAUAGGGAAAGGGGAAAGCUUGCAAGUCUUGCAUCACAAAUUUGGCACGGAUGUAGAUGCUGUUUAGCCAUUCGAUGAUUUGUCAUGCGAGGCAGCUUGAUCGUCUUGCGGAUCAUGGUCAUUUUGCAUGACAAAUCAUGUAACAGUUGAGAAUGUAACAUUUGAGAACGCCAUAACCGAAAUAAAAUUACCGGCGGGGGUGGUCUUCAUAUGCUGGGCGUCAAUAGCGGGACCACGAGAGGUUCCAUGUUCAACACUUCUAGCUCAGGGGGCGGCGGCGACGCUGACGUGGCGAAUAGGAACAGAAGCAAAGCAAUGAACCCGCUCUACAAGUUCGGAGCCGACUUCCAAAACUGGGCGUCGAAUUUGUGAUUUCAGUAUAUGAAACGCGAUAGACAUAGGAUCAUUUUCAUGUUGAUCUGAUUUUUUCUGGAGUUUGCCCAGUCGAU